UUUUCUUUUCUGUAAAAUGUCCUCGCCGCAUUAUACCUCCCAUAUAUGUUUACAUACAGUCUUCUUUUAUUGAGAAAUUUCAUCCUGUUUUUGGCUUUCAUUUCUUUGUAUUUCCUUAAUUCUUUAAAAAUACUUCGGCAUUAAGGGAAAUCCCACUAAGCAGUGCGAUUGUGUUCAGUACUUUAAAUCACUUUUUAACCUCACGAUGGCCUGUCUCCAUAAUGCACUUGUCUUGUGCAGUUUCGUGUUGUGUACUCUUAGGGACGCUGUUGGCCAGUGUGUUUUAGUUUCACUGCCGUUUUCGGCAGCACCUCUCAGAUCAUUUAGAUUUGUUGGAAGCAAGGUCGCUACCGUCCACAAUCUGAGAUAUAGAGAAUACGAACGCAAAGGAGUUGGACACAUUUUUCAUCCACAUUCGUGUUGACGCUUUUUGAUUCUUAGUCCUUAUCUGUGUGGAAUACGACUGUCUUUUUUUGCGGAUUAUUUCCUGAUUCGUUGUGAUGCUAGAGAACCGUUAAACGAAACAAUGAGACGGCAAGUACUAUUGUUUGUGUCCGUGAUCUCUCUCUGUUCCGUGCUCGGGCAGGUCAGCUAUUCUGUCCCCGAGGAAAUGUCGAAAGGCUCAUUGGUCGGAAACAUCGCACAAGAUUUAGGUUUAGAUUUAAAACGGCUGAAAACAGGGAAAGCUCGCUUGCACAUUGGAAACAGCGCUGAAUACAUCGAGCUGAAUAAAGAAAAAGGACUCCUUCUCAUUAAGGAGAAAAUAAACAGAGAGGCGUUAUGCAAACAAACAACUCCUUGUGCUUUACAUUUUCAAAUCAUUUUGGAAAACCCCAUCGAGUUCUAUCGCGUUACGGUAGAAAUAACAGAUAUAAACGACAACGCCCCGACAUUCAAAAUGAAUAGUAUGUUAUUUGAGAUAAGCGAAUCGGCUGUCAAAGGGGCCAAAUUUGUAUUAGAGAAAGCAUUAGAUUCUGAUGUUGGAAUAAACGGACUCAGGAGCUACUCCCUUAACCCAACAGAUAAUUUCGUUUUAAAACUCAACGACAACGCAGGUGGAGAAAAGGAGGUAGAGAUGGUCUUGGAGGAACCUCUCGAUCGUGAGAAACAAGAGCAUCUGACUCUAACACUAACUGCCGUCGACGGAGGUGAACCACAGCAGUCAGGGACAGUGCAAAUUCAUGUAACUGUAUUAGAUGCGAAUGACAAUGCUCCAGUGUUUACGCAGUCAACAUAUAAAGCUAGUUUAAUGGAAAACGCCAAGAAAGGAACUUCAUUAUUGACUGUAAGGGCCACAGAUAUAGAUCAAGGUACAAAUGGUUUAUUAACGUAUUCUAUUUCUAGUAACACUGAGGGAAUUUUGGAUUUAUUUGAAAUACACGAGACAAGUGGAGAGGUACGUUUGGUUGGAAAUAUAGAUUAUGAAACAUCAAAACAUUAUCAGCUACAUGUUAAAGCUCGAGAUCAAGGUGGGCUCACGGACUCAUGCAAAAUACUGUUUGACAUUAUUGAUGUGAAUGACAAUGCUCCAAUAAUUGAUUUGAUGUCAACUACACAGUCUCUACCGGAAGAUUCCACAUUACAGACAGUUGUUGCUGUGAUGAAUGUGCAUGAUGCUGACUCGGAAAAUAACGGAGUGAUUAAAUGUUUUCUGAGGGACAGUGUACCUUUUAUCAUUGAAAAUACAUCGAAUGGUUUCUAUAGCAUACUAACAAACGAUGAUUUGAACAGAGAGAGAGCUUCUGAGUAUAAUAUAACAUUGACCUGCUCCGAUGAGGGAGUACCCUCCCUCUCCAGCAGCGUCACUCUCACCUUACAGAUCUCUGAUGUGAAUGACAACGCCCCUGUCUUUGAGAGGAGCUCAUAUGAGGCCUACAUUGUAGAAAACAACACACCAGGCCUCUCUAUAUUCACAGUGAAAGCCAGAGACGCUGACUGGAACCAGAAUGCCCGUGUUUCUUAUAUACUGGAGGACUCCUCUGUUAACGGAGUGCCAGUUUCCUCAUAUGUGUCCGUUAGUGCUGAUAGUGGAGUCAUCCAUGCAGUGCGCUCUUUUGACUACGAGCAGAUCAAAGAUUUCCACUUCCGCGUCAAAGCGCAGGAUGGAGGCUCUCCUCCACUCAGUAGCAAUGUGACUGUGAAAAUACUGAUCCAGGACCAGAACGACAACCCUCCUCAGGUUCUGUACCCAGUCCAGACUGGUGGCUCUCUGGUGGCUGAAAUGGUGCCUCGUUCAGCAGACGUGGGCUAUCUGGUGACUAAAGUGGUGGCUGUUGAUGUGGACUCUGGACAGAAUGCCUGGCUCUCCUAUAAACUGCAGAAAGCCACAGAAAGGGCACUGUUUGAAGUGGGCUUACAGAAUGGAGAAAUAAGAACUAUCCGCCAAGUCACUGAUAAAGAUGCAGUGAAACAGAGACUGACUGUUAUAGUGGAGGACAACGGGCAGCCCUCUCGGUCAGCUACAGUCGUUGUUAACGUGGCGGUGGCGGACAGCUUCCCUGAAGUGCUGUCGGAGUUCACUGACUUUACACACGACAAGGAGUACAAUGACAACCUGACUUUUUACUUAGUGUUGGCUCUGGCUGUAGUUUCCUUCCUCUUCAUCACGUGUUUAGUGGUUAUCAUAUCAGUGAAAAUCUACAGAUGGAGACAGUCUCGCAUCCUGUAUCACUCCAAUCUCCCUGUGAUUCCAUAUUAUCCACCACGUUACUCAGACACUUUGGGGACAGGGACUCUGCAGCACGUGUACAAUUACGAGGUGUGCAGGACGACUGACUCCAGAAAGAGUGACUGUAAGUUCGGCAGAGCUGGUAGUCAGAACGUGCUGAUAAUGGACCCCAGUUCUACAGGGACGAUGCAGCGGAUACAGAAUGAAAAGAGCAUCCUGGAUGAACCAGACUCUCCUUUAGAGCAAAAGCCCCCCAACAAUGACUGGCGCUUCACACAGGGACAGAGACCUGGACCUAGUGGUCCCCACAUGCCAUACGGUACACACAUACGAUGGACGCCGAAGAGUGGGACAAGGGCAACUGGAGGACCUGAGGUUGCCAUGGGAACUGGCCCCUGGCCCCAGCCCCCUACUGAAGCUGAGCAGCUCCAGGCCCUGAUGGCUGCAGCCAACGAAGUGAGUGAGGCUACGGCCACCCUGGGGCCUGGCACCAUGGGCCUUAGCACCCGCUACAGUCCCCAAUUCACUCUGCAGCACGUGCCUGACUACCGCCAGAACGUCUACAUCCCCGGCAGCACUGCCACCCUGACCUCCAACCCCCAGCAGCAGCAGGCCACAGCCCAGCAGGCCACCCAGCAGGCGCUGCCCCCGCCCCAGGCCUCAGCCCAGCCCGAGCCCCCCAAGGCCGCCCAGACCCCUGCCUCCAAGAAGAAGUCCACCAAGAAGGAGAAGAAGUAGAUUCUGGACGGAGAGAGGUAGAGGAAUGAUAAACCUGGCCUGAUCUGAUGAGAAAUUCAACCCCCCAUAUCCCCCCAUUAGGUAUCUGACUGCUCUGCUGUCACUCAUGCUAGCCACGGUCUAAAUAUUGACAGCAAAUCUUUUGGCCGCACGGACGAUGUUGAUGGUUCUUUGAAAGAGUGUCUUGAAGAAUCUGAAUGUGUUCAAGGCUGUUGCUGGUGUUGGUAACCUGUGCUGUGCUAAAAGUCUGGUAUUGCUCAUGUAAUCUUUGUUGGUAGAUAUUUUUGGCAGGGUAUGGGGGGUUAUUGUGAUUUUGGUUUUUUUUUUUUGUUUUUUUUUGGCAUACUCAAAUGAACUUGGACAAAGAGAUUCAGUGUAACGAACCUUGCUGGAAUGACUUUACGCAGUGAUGUAUUAAGAGAUGAAAUGUUAUUGUCUUUCAUGUUGGAGUUAUUGUCCUCUUUCCCUGAGGUGGGAAUUCAGCUAUUGUAAAGUACGCUAGUUGCCAUCCAUUAGAUUCCUAUAUAGGGUCAGCCUCGCAGGGUCUUAAAGCAUAAGUCCUGUGGCUAUAAGGCUGUUGUUUGACAGGUAUUACAAACUCUUCUGCAUGCUCUUUAAGGUUCAAACCACAUAUACUAGUUUAGAGUUGCAAACUAUGCAUUGCAAAAGCAAAGAGGAGGACAUCCUGAAUCUAUUAUCCUCCCUCCAAUCGCAGGUCAAUAUAAUGCACAUGUAGCAUUUACUUGACACAAAAUGAAAAUUACUUUUGUAAUCAUAGUUUAAAAGAUAAGAUUUAAAUCUCCUGUUAUUUUUAUGACCUGAGCAUGCACCCAGAGGAAGGGCUGGCAGAGGGUGGAGUGGCACGGCAUUGUGUCGUGGAGUCAUGAGCCAUGCUGUCCAUGCAGGUGGUAUAGCAGCAGGGACUGGCUUCUUGUAUAACAUCUCCAGAUGGGCACAGACAUGUCCCGCACCCUCUACUGUCCCCUCCUCAUACCCAGCUCGUGUCCUCCCCUCACUCACUACCCCACGUUGAGAGCCAAACAAAGAGAAAUGCACUGUUCGUAUUCUGAAGUUGAGAUGAUGUAGGGGUAGUAAAUCACUUUGGUCUUUAGGGAAACACGUAGAUGUGGUAAACUUAAGUGCUUAGGAGUUUCUAGACACUUUGCAGGCCUCUAGGGCCUCGAUGGAGUAUUUCCCCUCACUAUCCUGAAGUGCUGAAGAAACUUAUUGAUGUGACACAGUAACGUUUUUUGUUAAUUUGGGAGAUAAUGAUUCAAUAGCAUAGAGGAACUGUUUGUAUAAGAAAUGAAGUCUUUACUUUGCCGUCCAUCUGUCUGUCAGGCUCUUGGCCAGAUACAACUGCAUGAGACAUGGCAGCUUGCAGGCUGGGUCGGGGGAGUGGAGGGGGUUGUGGUUAAGGGUAAACAGAUUGAGGUGGCACCAUUACAUCAAUCAAGGGGGUGGGGAACACCCAUGGCUCUUACCCACUGAAUGUACAGAGGAACCACUGUUGACCCACCCACCCCCUAAACUUUCUCUAAUGCACUGACCCAGGUAGAGGUCAACAGAGCCAAGCACAGCUGUCCCUGUUUGUGAGGAGACGCCACUCGAGAGCCCUUUGAAAUAUCCUCCUCCACUGAAAUCAAUGGGAAACCUCAACCUCUCUACCACUCACCUUUCCCCUUCACUCCCUGGUCCUGUGAGGCUCUUCCCCACUGUAAAUAAACUCAAGUCCUGUCGAUGGUAUGAGCCAGUUGUUUGUAUAGUAGGGACCACGUCCAGCAUUUUCAAAAUAAAAGUCCCUCUCCACAAGGCGUGGCUUACUACUGGAAUGUGUUGCAUUUUGUUUUUCAAGAAAAAUAAGAAAACCACAGUUUGAAAAAAAAAAAAAUCAAUAAUGAAUAAAAAUCUGAGAUGUUCUUCAACAGUUUGUGUUGCAAUGUAGUAACUAAGCACCAUGGAAGCCAACUAACUCUUCAGUGUAAAUAAAUGAAUUAAAGAUAACUUUAGAUAAGUAAACAAAGUGACACACGUAGACUAGUUAACUUGUGAUAUGUGUUGCGCAUAUUUUUGUGUUCAUUUUCUCUCUAUCUUUUAUCACCCUGUAAAGAAAACAAAAAAAUAUGGAAAUGUUUCUAUCCUUCUGUAACCUCUUAAUGUUCUUUUGCGGUGAUUUUAUCCUGUGCAUUUGUGAAAGAAUGCCUCUCAUUCUCUUUCUGUCCAUAUGAACAAAUGAUUAUAAAUAUUAUAUAUGUGUAAGUCCGUCUGCUGCUGAAUUAAUACUGCUCUAUCCUGCUGUAUUAUCUUUCUUAUCAAAUGCUUAGCCCCCACGCUAUACCCCUGUGUUACUCUUAUUUUUAUGCUAAUAUUUAUAUUGCUGUUUUAUUUUCUCUUGGACACUGACAUUUCAAAUAAAAAGAUUCUGAAAUCAUUAAAAAAA